AUGAGCUCCAGGAGGUUAACGACUGAAGAAGCUUUAUCACUGCUUUUCAACUGGGAUAGUGAUGAAGAAGAAGAUGUUUCAGAGACUGAGGAUCUUUCAGAGGCCGAGGACAAUGUUAUUGAUGAUCCAGACUGCCAAUUUUCAGACGAGGAGGAGGAUUCUGAGGGAGAGUGUGCCGCCAUCUCUACAUCUAAUGAAAACCAAGGAAUGCAGCAAUCAUCAUCCACAGAGGAGACAUGGACAUCUAAAGAUGGUAAUAUAAAAUGGUCAUUAUCACCACACCGAAGUCAAGGCAGGCUGUCAUCUUCUAAUGUCAUCAAAAUGACUCCUGGUCCUACAAGAUUUGCCAUCACACGAGUUGAUGAUAUUCAAUCAGCAUUUCAACUCUUCAUAUCCCCUCCAAUAGAAAGGAUCAUACUGGACAUGACUAACCUGGAAGGGAGGCGUGUAUUUCAAGAGAAGUGGAAGCCACUGGAUCAGACUGACUUGCAUGCUUAUAUUGGAAUUCUGAUAUUAGCUGGUGUAUACAGGUCCAAGGGAGAAGCAACUGCAAGUCUAUGGAAUGAAGAGAAUGGAAGGCCAAUCUUUCGAGCAACAAUGUCUUUGGAGACAUUUCUCAAGAUAUCUCGUGUGAUCAGAUUUGACAACCGUGAAACCAGAGCUGGUCGACGUGAAAGAGACAAACUUGCUGCAAUCAGAGAUGUAUGGGAUAAAUGGGUGGAAAUUCUACCUUUGUUGUACAACCCUGGUCCCCAUGUUACUGUUGAUGAGCGCCUUGUCCCAUUCAGGGGUCGCUGUCCUUUCCGACAGUAUAUGCCCAACAAGCCGGCCAAGUAUGGCAUCAAAAUAUGGGCAGCCUGUGAUGCAAAAUCUAGCUAUGCAUGGAAUAUGCAAGUGUACACUGGAAAGCUACCUGGAGGAGCAUCUGAGAAGAAUCAGGGGAUGCGUGUGGUGCUGCAGAUGAGUGAAGGGCUGCAAGGGCAUAACAUCACCUGUGACAAUUUCUUUACAUCCUACUGGCUUGGAGAGGAACUUCAGAAGAGAAAACUGACUAUGUUGGGAACAAUCAGAAGAAAUAAGCCAGAACUUCCCAGUGAAAUUUUGAAGAUGCAGGGAAGAUCUCUGCAUUCCUCAUUAUUUGUUUUCACUGAGAAAGCAACAGUUGUUUCAUAUUGCCCAAAGAAAAACAAGAACGUUCUUGUCAUGAGCACAAUGCACACAGAUGCAUCGCUGAGCACAAGAGAUGACAAAAAACCACAAAUGAUCCUAGACUACAACUCCACCAAAGGAGGAGUAGACAAUCUUGACAAAGUCACAGCGACAUACAGCUGCCAGCGCAAGACAGCUCGUUGGCCCUUGGUAAUUUUCUACAAUAUUUUGGAUGUGUCUGCUUACAAUGCCUAUGUCCUGUGGACUGAAAUCAACCAACAUUGGAAUGCGGGUAAAUUGUACCGACGUCGCCUUUUCCUGGAAGAACUGGGAAAAAGUCUUGUCACUCCCAAGAUCCAGAUGCGAGUCAGACCAGCUCGAUCCCCAGCAGCAGCAGCUGUCAUUGAAAAGGUCAAGUGUGCACCAUCCAACCAAUCUGCAGUGGAUUCAGUGGAACCAGGUAUAAAGAAACGGAAAAGAUGCCAGGUCUGUCCCUCACGAGAAGACAUUAAAACAAGCACUGUUUGUGAGAAAUGCAAAAAGUACAUCUGCAGAAAGCACACAGUCACAUUCUGUCCAUCAUGUGGACAAAAUUGA